CGGCGGGGAUUAACUUUGCAUGAAUAAUGUGAGUGCGCUUGGAAAGGAGACCUUCGGUUCCCCAGGCUCGGGGCAAGCGCCCGCAGGCUACCUUCCCCGGGCAGGGGUGCUCAACCCAACCGUCUCGAGGGCACUGGUAAUUUGGCCAGAGGACUGCGUGGAGGCGGGGGCAUCUGCGGUUUCCCUCCCAUUGGCCGGCCUGCGUGGGUGCCAAAUUCUGCGCGUGAUUUAAUGGAUCAGAAGGAGGUGUCAGUGAAAAAAAAGGUCCAGAAUGAUUACUAACCUAUGACUCCCAACAGUAUGACAGAAAAUGGCCUUCCAGCCUGGGACAAACCAAAGCACUGUCCAGACCGAGAACACGACUGGAAGCUAGUAGGAAUGUCUGAAGCCUGCCUCCAUAGGAAGAGCCAUGCGGAGAGGCGCAACUCAUUGAAAAAUGAACAGCCGUCACCACAUCUCAUCCAGACCACUUGGACUAGCUCGAUAUUCCAUCUGGACCAUGACGAUGUGAACGAUCAGAGUGUCCCAAGUGCCCAGACCUUCCAAACAGAAGAAAAGAAAUGUAAAGGGUACAUCCCCAGUUAUUUAGACAAGGACGAGCUAUGUGUAGUGUGUGGUGACAAAGCCACCGGGUAUCACUACCGCUGCAUCACCUGUGAAGGCUGCAAGGGUUUCUUUAGAAGAACCAUUCAGAAAAAUCUCCAUCCAUCCUAUUCCUGUAAAUAUGAAGGAAAAUGCGUCAUAGACAAAGUUACAAGAAAUCAGUGCCAGGAAUGUCGCUUUAAAAAAUGCAUCUAUGUUGGCAUGGCAACAGAUUUGGUACUGGAUGACAGCAAGAGGCUGGCGAAGAGGAAGCUGAUUGAGGAGAACCGGGAGAAGAGACGGCGGGAAGAGCUGCAGAAAUCCAUCGGGCACAAGCCGGAGCCCACGGACGAGGAGUGGGAGCUCAUCAAAACUGUCACUGAAGCCCAUGUGGCCACCAAUGCCCAAGGCAGCCACUGGAAGCAGAAACGGAAAUUCCUGCCAGAAGAUAUUGGACAAGCACCAAUAGUAAAUGCCCCAGAAGGUGGAAAAGUUGACUUGGAAGCCUUUAGCCAUUUUACAAAAAUCAUCACACCAGCAAUUACCAGAGUGGUGGAUUUUGCCAAAAAGUUGCCUAUGUUUUGUGAGCUGCCAUGUGAAGACCAGAUAAUCCUCCUCAAAGGCUGCUGCAUGGAGAUCAUGUCCCUUCGCGCUGCAGUGCGCUAUGACCCAGAAAGUGAGACUUUAACCUUGAAUGGGGAAAUGGCAGUGACACGGGGACAGCUGAAGAAUGGGGGUCUUGGGGUGGUGUCAGACGCCAUUUUUGACCUGGGCAUGUCACUGUCUUCUUUCAACUUGGAUGACACUGAAGUAGCUCUCCUUCAGGCUGUCCUGCUAAUGUCUUCAGACCGCCCAGGGCUUGCCUGCGUUGAAAGAAUAGAAAAAUACCAAGACAGUUUCCUGCUGGCCUUUGAACACUAUAUCAAUUACCGAAAACAUCAUGUGACACACUUUUGGCCAAAACUCCUGAUGAAAGUGACAGACCUGCGGAUGAUUGGAGCCUGCCAUGCCAGCCGCUUCCUGCACAUGAAGGUGGAAUGCCCCACGGAACUCUUUCCCCCAUUGUUCUUGGAAGUGUUCGAGGAUUAGACUGACUGACUUCAUUUUCAUAAUUCCUACAGCACUACUGGGUGUCAUUUCAUUCCAUUGCCUAGAUCUUUUUUGUUUGUUCCUUUGUUUCUUUGUGUUGGGAGGGACUGUUUGGGGAUAAAGGGAGGUAGUCCUUAGCAUAGACAUGGAUGAAAUUGCCCCUUGAAUGCGGGUACUUGUAACUAUUGCAUUUUGUUCUCCAGCCCUUUGAUGUGAAUGCUUUGAAGGUUUUACAGUUGUGGAGGUAGGGUGGGGACAAUCAUUAAUUCACCAGCACCAAGCCAUCACCAGCUCCCAUCAGUCCCUGGUCAGAGACUCAAGCAAGCAAAAUGGCGUGGAAGAAGACUAACGAAGCC